AUGGCUGGAGAGGCCGCGUCGGUUUCAAGCUUGCGCUGGUUGGCAUAUAUGCGGCACAGUGACCGCCUGGACUGUGAGGGUCGCACCUGGCCUGAUGCCUCCGAUCGGCCCUACGACACGCCGAUUUGCAACAAGGAGCUGCCUGUGGAGGCCACCAGGUGCUUGAAGGAUCAAUUGCCGGAGGGGGUGACGGUGUGUGCGGUGGUGAGCUCGCCCUUCCGCCGAUGCCUGGAGACGGCUGUGCUCGCAGCCCACGAGCUCGACGUGAAGGCACUGCACGUGGACAACCGCCUGGGGGAACUGAUGGCUGCCGUGGCUCGGGAUUGCGGCGGCCCGGCAGGACUGGAGGCCUCAGGGGGCCUGCGCUAUAUGCCCUUCGAGGAGGCCGCUGCGAUUGCGGAGGGUGCUGGCUUGCGGCUUCACUGGGAUCGCUCUGCAAAUGUGCCUGUGCUAAACGAAACUGCAGAUGAUAUCAUACUUCGGGUAGAUGCAGGAGCGGCGAUUGCCUCUAGUGUCCUGGGCAAAGAAUCCAGCUCCACUGCGUGCGUGCUGCUUGUAACACAUGCAGACCUGCUGAUGCAGCGUCUAUCCAAACUCAUGCCAGGGAGCAUCUGGGCACCAGAGACCUGCGGCUGGUUCGUGGAGUGUUUGCACGAUCACUCUGUGCCCAGCAUGCAUCGCUUGGAGCGCAUUCUGUGA